UAAUUCGGAUGUAUUGGCAAUUAAGACAAGGUGAAGUGAUUCUUCUCUACAUCCGUCAAGUUCCACCCUGAAUGACCGGUUGGCGCCAAUGUAUUUUGCCCAGCACAACUGCAGCAGGAAAAUCCUGUAUAUUCACAUUAUUGGUCUCGUUUAUAUUCUGACUAUCACCGCCGCCUCCUAAUAAACCAUAGGGACGAUGUGAUGGUAUGGCUAUUUGCUACGAUAGGUUUCCCAGGUGGGAUAUCCAGCAGAAUAUGUGAAUUAAAACACAUUUUUGGAGGGGAGCAUGAAUUCCGAUAUGCGCUUUCUUCUCUUCCAGAACCUCCUCUACAAAACAAAACUGCUUCUGGUGGUCUUACGAACUCCUGUCGAUCUGCCAUCUUACUCUGUCAAAAGAUUUUACUAAAUUUGUUCUAUAUAUUUCCAGUAGCGGCCACUCUGGGGAGUACCCUGGUCAGUGGUAUUCCAUCAAAAAUGGAGUUCACUACAACUGGCAACUUAUGCAAAAAAGCUAGACUAGGUACGAUUAUUCUCCUACUUCUGGUGACUUUUCAUGCUCUCUAGGAAGACAGGUUCGAAGCAUCAUCUUCAAGGAUGCCACGUUGUGACAUGUCAAAACCAUGUAGACGGGCUUUGUCCUUCGGCCCCCCUCUCUCCAAGCAUCUUAAGUGUUACCACAAUUCUGUUGUCGUAUUUUAAAACAAGCCCUACAAGUGCCUACUGCUGUUGUGAAAGAUCUGGAACUAGUCAAACCUCUCCUGCCUAUCUUCUAAGCUCAGGCGCCGAUUCAAUAGUUAUCCGGUUUCAGCAGAAACUGGAUCCAGUUCGACAUAAACACUCCAUUUGUCUGUCAAUAGCCGUUCACUCAUUCAUCCCAACACAUCCAACGAAAAGCACGAUAGACUCAGUACAAAUGCUCCCAAGCGUCCUUGCUCAACCAGCUCUCGGAGUGGCUCGAAGAAGAAUACUUUCGCGUGCAUGUUCUACAAGAAAAUACCACAUAUUGCACUAAGCCCGAUUGUUGGCCCAAACUCCGACCUUGUAUGUUCUGUAUUUCGGAAAAUGAAAUAAGUUUGUAAGGCAAGUCAGUUCUAUUGCAGAUUUAGUCGUUUGAAAUCUUUCGAUAUCUUACCAAUCAAUAUUCUGAAUUCUUGUACUAAUCGAUUCCAAAGAAACCAACUCAACACCGUACACGGAACAACUCACUGUGAAAGAUGCUAUACAGUACUGUCAAGCGCUGAUGGUCUACUGGUAUUUCGACGCUCUGAGCCCCUUUGCGGUCUUCAACCAGAGUCAGUUGUGGUGGUUUUAAUAUUUCUUUGACCGCUGACCUUAAAUAAUAUUAAACUGACUUACAAAGAUGAUCUGCCUCUUUUGAAUUCAGAAAUAAAAUUCUCCAGGCUCCAAAACAUUUUUGAACAUCGACUUCUUCCGCUCUAGUGCAAGAUUUCCCUCUUUCGUCGUAAGUAGACCAUCUGUCAU